AUGGACCCAGUGGUCAUCAGACGCCACGCCUGGCGUUUCCCGGGGCCUGUGUCAUUCAUCCUCUCGGUGGCCGUGGCCAGAGGAUGGACCCGACCAGCGCCGUCGUUGCUUUCACAGAUGGCAGAGUUGAGGCUUGAUGAGCUAUGGGGGUUGGUAGGCAAUAACGGAGCCAGGUUGCUACAGAAUCUGCUGACUGUUGGUCAGAUUGCCCAGAGAGCCAUAAGCACUGCUUCACACAGAUAUUUUGAGAAUAAAGUUCCAGAGAAACCAAAGGUGUUUCAAGCAGGUAAUGGAAUUUCAGUGCAUCUAAAGGCUGGGGUCACAGAUGACCUCCUGUAUGAAGCCACCAUGGUUCUUACAGUCAGUGGAACAACAUAUGCCAUAUACCAGCUGGCCAGGGCUUCAUUUCCCAAGAAGCAGGAUUGACCUGAGUCAUGCCAGAAACCUUGGUUCAGUUGCAUUCAUCUCUCUAUGACCAGUAACCUAAUAAAACUGAGUUUUUCUUUGGAGAUCAAUAUAUAUUGACUGGUACUAACUGCCACCAAUAAAGCAGUUUUUACCAUGAAAAAAAUUUUAUUCAUUGCUUCAACAAGUAGAGCAUCAGAAAGGGAGAAGCAGAGAUGCUAAUCACUCCCCAGAUGGCUGUAACACACAAGGUAAAGCCAGAAGCCAGAAACUAUGUCCUGGUCUUCCACAUGGAUGGCAAGAACCAAACCCAUUGGGCCAUGUUCUUCUGCCUUCCUAGUUGCAUUAGCAAGGAACUGGGUUGGAAGUGGAGCAGUAGGGAGUGUAACAGCAGUCACUCUGAUAUGGGAUGGCAGUUGCUUAACGUAUUUCACUACAGUGCCAGUCCUCAGAAAGAGUUGAAUAGCUUUGAAUUGUGAAGUUCAUUUGAAUAGGACUGUCUCUAUAUAUGUGUGUGUGUAUACACAUGGAAGCACAUAUACAAAUAUAUACAUAGUCAUGACUUUAAUGAUAAGGACUUUUAGAUUGCUUGGUAAUUGAGGAAAUUCAUUGUCCUGAAAGUGAAGUUUUAAGUGCUUUAGGACAGUGACAACACAAAGUUUUAGCGUGGCAGAAAAGGGAUGUAGAGAUACACAAAAUUCCUAUUUUAGAGUCAUUAAGUCUGCCUAACAUUUUGGAGUAAAUAAAUUGGAGAAAAAUUUUAUUAGUACUAAUUUUGGAGCUGUCCUUUAACGUCUCAGUUAAGCCACUGAUUAGAUGUCACUGUCCUGUAUCGGAUUGCAUGGGUUCAGUCUCCAGUUCUGUUCCCAACUCCAGCUUUCUUAUGCAGAAUCUGGCAGCUCAACUGCAGAAUCUGACAACUCAAAUAGUUGGGUUCCUUCAGACCAUGUACUAGAUUUAGGUUGAGUCCCUGGCUCCUGGCUGUAGUCCUUGACCCAGGCCAGAGCCACUGAGGGCAUUUGGGGAAUGGACGCGAGAAUGAAAACAAAGCAGUAUGUGCUCUUGCUCUCAUUUGUUCUCUUCUCCCCCACUCGGCACCUUCCAUUUCUUAGUCUGAUAAAAUUACUUGAUUGCUACCAUAAGCUAAUUCUUACUUUUCUCUGAAAAUCUGGGCACAAUAAAAAUACUUCUAUUAAAAAAGAUUUAAAACAUUACUCUCAAAAUAACUCUCCAUAUUAAAUAUCAUAUUUGCAAAAUCUGUCCAAGAUCUACCUUCUCCUAUGUAUCUGUUUUCUAGUCUUACUUAUAAAUACUCUUAAAAAAAAAAAAAAAGAUUUU